CAGCAUGCAGGCCUCCAGCUCCAGGUCUGUGCACCUGAGUGAAUGGCAGAAGAAUUACUUUGCAAUUACAUCUGGCACAUGUACCCCAGGACAGAAGGCAGAUGCGUACCGAGCACAGAUAUUACGCAUUCAGUAUGCAUGGGCAAAUGCUGAGCUCUCCCAAGUCUGCGCCACCAAACUGUUCAGAAAAUAUGCAGAGAAAUACUCUGCAGUUAUUGAUUCUGACAGUGUCGAGACUGGCUUGAAUAACUACGCAGAAUGCAUUUCAACUUUAGCAAGAUCUCAGCAGACUGACAGUGACAAGUGGCAGUCUGGAUUGUCAAUAAAUAAUGUUUUCAAAAUGAGUAAUGUACAGGAGAUGAUGCAAGCUGGCAAAAAAUCCAGAGACUCUCUGUUGGCACCUGCCAGUGCAUCGGUAGUAAUCCAUAAAGAGGCGCUUGUCCUCGAUCCUCCUAAACUUAGUGUUUGUGGGGGUUCUGGGGAGAGUGGCCCAUUAACUAACGCAGCUCCUGAUACAAACAGGACCCAAGAUAUCCCAGAGAGCAGUCCUUCGAAGUGUCCUCAGGAUGCUCAGCCACCUGUGCCGACUAACACCAGAAAGACCUGUCCUUCAUCCUUAACACCGUUUGGUGACUUUGCCACUGCAAAAAUCCAUGCCACACCAUUAUUUGGAAAUGCCAAGAAGGAAAAUAACAGCUCUCCAAAGGCCAACGUAGGACUAAAUAUGUUCUCAUCUAAUCAGUCUUGUUUGCCUUCUGGCUUUGAAAAUCCACGGGAGAGAAAAACUUUUUAUGGUUCUGGCACCACUGAUGCCCUUUCUGCCCCAGGAGUGAAUAAGGCUUUUAGUAAAACAGAGGAUAAUGGCCAAAGGGAAGAGAGUAGCCUGCCUACUUUUAAAACUGCAAAAGAACAGUUAUGGAUAGAUCAGCAAAAAAAGUACCACCAACCCCAGCGUGCAUCCGGGUCUUCGUACGGUGGUGUAAAGAAGUCUCUGGGAGCUAGUAGGUCCCGAGGAAUAUUUGGGAAGUUCAUUCCUCCUAUACCUAAGCCAGAUGGGGGAGAUCAGAAUGGGGGAAUGCAGUAUAAGGCUUACGGCGCAGGACCUGCAGAGCCAACACAUCCAAUUGAUGAGCGGCUGAAGAACUUGGAGCCAAAGAUGAUUGAACUUAUCAUGAAUGAGAUUAUGGAUCAUGGACCGCCCAUAAGCUGGGAUGAUAUUGCAGGAGUAGAAUUUGCCAAAGCCACAAUAAAGGAGAUAGUCGUGUGGCCCAUGAUGAGGCCAGACAUCUUUACGGGUUUACGAGGACCCCCUAAAGGAAUUCUGCUCUUCGGGCCCCCCGGGACUGGUAAAACUCUAAUUGGCAAGUGCAUUGCUAGUCAGUCUGGGGCAACGUUCUUCAGUAUCUCUGCUUCCUCUUUGACGUCUAAGUGGGUAGGUGAGGGGGAGAAAAUGGUCCGUGCAUUGUUUGCCGUGGCAAGGUGUCAGCAGCCGGCUGUGAUAUUCAUUGAUGAAAUUGAUUCCCUGUUAUCUCAACGAGGAGAUGGUGAGCAUGAAUCUUCUAGAAGGAUAAAAACGGAAUUUCUAGUGCAGUUAGAUGGAGCAACCACAUCUUCUGAAGAUCGGAUUCUAGUGGUGGGAGCAACCAAUCGGCCCCAAGAAAUUGAUGAGGCUGCCCGGAGAAGGUUGGUCAAAAGGCUUUAUAUUCCACUCCCAGAAGCUGCGGCUAGGAAACAGAUCGUGAUUAAUCUGAUGUCCAAGGAGCAGUGCUGCCUCAGUGAGGAGGAAAUUGCCCUGGUUGUAAGGCAGACCGAUGGGUUCUCGGGAGCUGACAUGACACAGCUUUGCAGAGAGGCGUCUCUCGGGCCUAUUCGCAGUUUACAAACUGUUGACAUCGCCACAGUAACACCCGAUCAAGUUCGGCCAAUAGCUUAUAUUGAUUUUGAGAACGCCUUCAGAACCGUGCGACCUAGCGUGUCUCCUAAAGAUUUAGAGGUCUAUGAGAACUGGAACAGAACUUUUGGUUGUGGGAAGUGAAGGGGACACACGGGACACUUGAAAUCUAAAGAUGGCAUCUUUGUAAUGCAGCCUUCCCCACUUUUUAGCAUGGGAAACUGGGAAUUUAUUAAUUGUACUUUAUAGUGUAUAUUUUGAAUUCUAUACCUCAAAUAAAAUAGUAACAGCUUAAAUUUUACA